CGGAUGUUUUGGGGGGAUUUUGAGGUCCUCAACGUACAGCAACACAUUAAAAUGUGUCGGCAUAAACUGGCUUCUUUGAAGCCUGAGCAUUACAUAACUGCGGGUGGGAUGAGGGGCGCCUGCGCGUCAAAUGAACGCACCCUACUAACUAACUCUUCUAGCUGGCUAGUUAGCAGCAGGCUUCCCCCAUUUAACUGUUAUUGCUGGAGCUAACGUUAGCUAGUUAGCCAACCUGCCAGCGAGCUAACCGGCAACGUUAGGCGUUAACCUUUGAAUUGUGUGUUUUAUGAAGCUUCUCGAGCUGCAGUUCUCAUAUGGAAUAUGUGGAAGGGACCCUAAUUUCAGCAUCCUGGAAGUAGAAAGCACUGAAGAUCUGUGUCUUACACGACAGACAGGUGCAGUGUGUAGCCGGGGCAGCACAGAGGAAGGACACUCUGGGGAGGAGGCGGCGCGGCAGCACGCCUCUCCGGCUGUGGAUGUGCUGGGUGGCAACCCCCAGGCUGCACAGAAUGUGGCUGGGGAGUCCCCUCGGCAUGCCCCGCAGCCGGUCGCAGCUGCCCCGCACCCAGUCCCUCCGCUCACCGAUCCGUCCACUGUGCCCCUGCUGGAGAGCAACACCCCCACAUUCGCCAGCACGGAGAACGUCCCUCCGACCACCUUGCCUGAGACUCUACCAAUCAGUGGUAACAUCAUCUCAGAAGAGAGCACCGUCGGAGUUGCAAGAUCUUUGCCAGCGUCCCUCACUGAGGACUGCAGUUCCUCUGCUGAGAUGCAAAGGCUUCCAGCUUCCCUUUGUCCUCCUGUCCCCUCACAGAUUGACAAAACAGUGCAAGAGCUGCAAUACGGGUCACAAACUGAUAAAGAGAAAAGCCACUCAAACAGUCAGACAAACCAGCUUCCUAGAGAAGGUGCUGGACUUGUGGUUAUUACGGGAACAAAGGAAAAACGGUCCAUCACCUUGGAAUAUAAACCAGAGACUGGAACAAAUAUGGAACUUGGUAGAAAAGAGCACACAGGUGGGAAUAUUCUCCCACAACAACCCAAAUCUCAGAUCUGUUUCACAGCCUCAUCUCUUUCUGUCCAAGACGCCACGGAGGGUGGGGCUGUGGAGCAGUCCGACAGGACUCCACCUGUCCAAACAAAUCAAAGCAGCCAUAUACCUCCGUCAGGUGCUGCAGAGCAAGCAGGGAGUCUCCAGGACUCGGCAUCGCCUGCACUCCUUCUGUCCUCAGCCGAAAAUAGAGAGAUUAAACAAACUAACCUGUCAAAAACUCAACCCAAAACUAUCAAGGGGAUCUCAGCUAAUGCUAGAGACGUGCAGAAAGUGGCUUUUUCGGAGUCAGUUAAACACAUUGAAAUGCAGCCUCAUUCAGCUGAAUUACUCGAGGCCGUAAAGGCAAGAGAGCUGCUCCCUGGAAUAUACACUUCGACUGGAAAAGGAAGCUCGGCGUCCAGCUGCGGUCCCCUUGAAGGAGCGCAGGUGGAGAGUAGCACGAGCAAAGAGCAAGGUGACUCGUCAGGCCCCACACUGCUGCAGGAGAUUUCCUCAAAACCUUCCACCGGACCUGCUCUGUUUGACACAGGCCUAGUUGUCUCGCUUCAGGCGGGGGAGGUUAUAAAAGCUGAAACAUCUCACACCUCUGACCAAGUCGCCUCAACAGAGCUCAUCGCGGAGAUUGUGCAUUCUGCCGACACUCAGGAAAUUGUGGUUGUCGGGGAGGAGGCUCAUAUCACCGGGGCCUGGCCCACCGUGCACCUGAAUCAGAGUUACCUUCUGCAGCGAGAGGAUGGCAGCGUCUGCGAAGCCGCCAUCGUCAACGAGCUGACUUCGGAGAUCUCUGCCGGAGAGCCGAAGCUGUACACAGGAAGCGUUCAGACGCAGAUGGAGCUGGGCUCUCAACCUGUGGAAGUGUACGAGUUUUGCAGUCUGGUGGAGGAGGUUGCAGAGGAGACGGUCUGUGCCAGCAGUGCUGCACAGAUGCCUCAUUCUCCAGGAUAUGAGGUGAACUUAUUCAACGCUUUACUAGAAAACUCUGAGGACCUCGAAGCAUCUAUCCACACAGUUGGUGAAAACAACACCAUCAUAAUCUCCCAGCAGCCCUUGCGUUCAACAAGUGAUAUAAAUCAGGCUUGCUCUAGCAGUAAUUUAUCCAUACGAAACACAAGCAUGGCCGGAGUUGAACAGCAUUUGGUGUUAGAUGCUAACCAAGCUGUCGAAGUGGCACACUCAAGUGCGGUUUGUUUAGUUGAAGUAGCGGCCGUUACUGCUGACUCAUUCACUGUUGAACAGGCGGACACCAGCGCGCAAAUCGGGACACAGGUCGGUGCUGACCAGAUGGAGGUGAGCGGUGCUGCUGUGCUUCAGACCGUUGGCCCAAAACAGGAAGCAGAAGUAACAGUUGCUUCGUUAUCUCUCUUAUCCCCAGUGGUUACUAUUACCAGUGGAAACUUGGGGAUGCAGGCGCCUGUUGCUGUUACACUUUCUCAUAUAGGAAACCAACCCUCCCUAAAUCAGACCCCAGGAGUCACUGUUGUAAGUGUCGCAAAGCCUGAGGUCUGUGUUUCUGCUCGUGACGGGACCAAAGAAACCCCCGCUGUCACCACAACGGCAUCAGUGACUGUUCAGAAUGUCGCCAUGCCCUCAGUAAGCAAGCCAGAGGCUUUCCGUGCCACUCCUGGGGCUAUAAAUCCAAAGCUGCUCCUUCUCAAACCGGGAGAAACUCCUCUCCUGAAACACCCACCCUCCAUUUCAGUGUCUAAGCAACAGAAUGCAGACGGCAAGCUGGCCAAUGCCCACGGCUCCUGCUCCUGGUCUGGCACGGUGUCUGAGGAGUGCCUUCCCCAAACAGUCUCCGCUCUUAGCAGCUGCAGCGAUCAGACGCAGCGGGCUGUCAAUGAAUCGUCAGUGGUGGCAGCAGCAGGAGCUUCUGUCAAGCUAGAAAGUGGUAAUAUUUCUCGUGAACCCAACCCGGCUACACCUGCCACCCCCUCAACGACUACUAGAAGCAAACCUGAGGCCUUAACCGUUAGCAGAACUUUAUCCCAAGAUGUUUCCACAGCAGCCGCUACGCUGCACAGUUCGAACAUGCUCACAGCUUCAGUCUCAGCAUCCACCAGCCCCGGUGACUUCCCCAGCCAAACCGAUUCCAUCUAUGAGGAGGAAGACGGCGAGGACAUUGAGCAUGACGACCCUGCGGGAGAAACUGAGGUCCAGGAGAGCAACUCGGGACAGGUUAGCAGCCCAGAGGAAGGCAGUGACGACGAACCCGAUGGCGAAAAAAGCGAGAUGACCACCCCCAGCUCACCACACAAGCAUGGACAGAGCAGGACAGACAGACAGGCACUGUUUCUUAAGGUACGCCAGUGGAUUGCAGACAGGGUCACCGGGAAUUCUUCUCCUGGAUCACCCUCCACCUUCUCCUACCCCGGAUCCUCAUCCACACCCGACUGGUCCACACCACGGCGGGAGAGGUCCUCGCCUCUCCGGGGUCCCCACGGAAAGUUUGUUUCACCUUCCUCUCUCGGUGCCUACAGUUUGUCGUCCUCGCCGCCAGACCAGGGCUCCUCUCAGCGGUCCCGGAGUGAGCGUCACACUGACAUGGCAGAGCUGGCUAAACAUGAAGCUGACAUUGAGCAUCGAACACAGGCGCUGAAGCGAGAGGGCUUCUGGUCAAUGAAGCGACUCACCCGCCUGACGGAGCCACCGCGGCCAAAGGUUCACUGGGAUUACCUGUGUGAGGAGAUGCAGUGGCUCUCGGCUGACUUUGCUCAAGAGAGGCGGUGGAAGAGAGGCGUGGCCAGAAAGGUGGUGCGGAUGGUGAUGCGGCACCAUGAGGAGCUGAGGCAAAAGGAAGAAAAAGCAAAGCGGGACGAGCAUGCUAAAAUCAGACGAGUCGCCUCUUCUAUCGCAAAGGAAGUCAGGGCUUUUUGGAGCAGCGUAGAGAAGGUGGUACAGUACAAGCAGCAGUCCAGGCUGGAGGAGAAACGGAAGAAGGCGUUGGACCUUCAGCUGGACUUCAUUGUUGGCCAGACGGAGAAAUACUCGGACCUCCUGAGCAAGUCCCUGGCACCCAUCAGGCCUGCUGAGACCGUCGUGUCUCCACAGAAAUCCCUGCCUAAUCCUGUCGAUGAGGAUGACAGAGACUUUGAGCCUCCCUGUGAAGAGGAGGAUGAUGAAGAGACCAUAGAGGUGGAGGAGCAGCAGGAGGGCAAUGAUGCUGAGAGCCACCGGAGGGAGAUUGAACUGCUGAAGGAAGAGGGCAUGCUGCCACUGGACCAGCUGCUCAGCAGCCUCAAUCUGCCUCAGGACCAGGGCUCGGACGAAGAAUGCUCUGAUGAAACGUCUUCAUCAGAGGCGGGGGAGGAAGAAGACGGGGAAUUCACUGCCAACGAAGAGGAUGCUGAGGAUGAGGAGGACACGAUAGCAGCUCAGGAGAAGGUGGAAGGAAAUGUAGAUCAUGCAGAGGAACUGGAUGAUUUAGCCAAAGAGGGCGAUAUGAGCGUGGAGGAGUUGCUGGAGAAGUACAAAGGAGCGUAUGCCUCAGACUUUGAGGUCCCGUCUACUUCUGGCUCUAAAGCGAGCUCUGAUUCGGAGGUGUCUGGGGAUGAGGAGGUGGAGACUGAAGAAGAUGAGAGUGAUGUGGAAAGUAACACUUCUUCCUCAGAUUCACCAGGCGACAGUGCUGAAGAUGAGGAGAGUGAGAAGGAUGAGGAAGAGAGUGAGGAGGAAGACGAAGAGGAGUGUGGAGAUGAGGGGAUGGAGGUUUUGCUGAAGGAGGGAGACAGCAGCCCAUCUUCCUCUGGCUCACGGCCAAAGAAGGAGAUCAGUCACAUUGCUGCUACUGCAGAGAGCCUGCAGCCUAAAGGCUACACUUUAGCUACCACAAAGGUCAAGACCCCCAUCCCAUUUCUGCUUCACGGCACAUUACGAGAGUACCAGCACAUUGGACUCGACUGGUUGGUCACCAUGUAUGAGAAAAAGCUAAAUGGCAUUUUGGCUGAUGAGAUGGGCCUCGGCAAGACCAUCCAGACUAUCGCUCUGCUGGCUCACCUCGCCUGUGAGAAAGGUAACUGGGGCCCUCACCUCAUCAUCGUCCCCACCAGCGUAAUGUUAAACUGGGAGAUGGAGCUGAAGCGCUGGUGUCCAGGGUUUAAAAUCCUUACGUAUUUUGGCAGUCAAAAGGAGAGAAAGCUAAAGAGACAGGGCUGGACAAAGCCAAACGCUUUCCACGUUUGCAUCACUUCUUACAAGCUGGUGCUGCAGGAUCACCAGGCCUUCAGGCGAAAGUCUUGGCGCUAUCUGAUCCUCGAUGAGGCCCAGAACAUCAAGAACUUCAAGUCCCAGCGCUGGCAGAGUCUGCUGAACUUCAACAGCCACCGGCGACUGCUGCUGACGGGAACCCCUCUACAGAACAGCCUGAUGGAGCUCUGGUCCCUCAUGCAUUUCCUCAUGCCCCACGUCUUCCAGUCCCACCGCGAGUUCAAAGAGUGGUUCUCCAACCCGCUGACGGGAAUGAUCGAGGGCAGUCAGGAGUACAACGAAGGCCUGGUGAAGAGGCUUCACAAGGUGCUGAGGCCGUUCCUGCUCAGGAGGAUCAAGGCUGACGUGGAGAAGCAGAUGCCCAAGAAAUACGAGCAUGUGGUGCGCUGCCGCCUGUCCAAGAGACAGCGAUUCCUCUACGAUGACUUCAUGGCGCAGGCGUCGACCAGGGAAACGCUGGCCAGUGGUCACUUCAUGUCUGUGAUUAACAUCCUCAUGCAGCUUCGCAAAGUGUGCAACCAUCCCAACCUUUUUGACCCUCGACCCAUCCAAUCUCCCUUCAUCAUGCAACCCAUUAUUUUCCAUACAGCCUCUCUGGUGCAGGACGGCCUGGAGGUCUCUCCUUUGAAGCGCUGCGACGUUUCCAUGUUUGACCUUAUUGGUUUGGAGAGCCGCGUGUCCCGUUACCAGGCAGAUGUCUUCCUGCCACGCUACAAGGUCAGCCGCCAACUAAUCCAGGAGAUCAUGGAGUCCCCCGAACCUCCUCCAAGGCCUAAACCAGUCCGCAUGAAAGUCAACAGAAUGUUCCAGCCACCUCCUAAAGGUGAUAAUCGACCAGUUCUCCUGAUGAACAAACCUACCUGCUCCGUCCCCCCUGCAGCACAGACCCCCAAACCACCUCCAGUCACUGAAGUCACCUCAGCUCCUGCACCCGCUCCUGUAGUUCAGCAGGUGGUCUGUUCAAUCGCACCCACUCCUCCUCGCCCGUCUCUUCAUCCUACCGCUCAAACUGCGGUGAGGUCCAAUGCUCCAAAACCGAUGCUGACUGUACGGCCUCCCACUGCUCCCUGCACAGCCGCUAUCCCAGCUCAGCCGAGUCCAAACCCCAGCAAUGUCAUGCCCCAGAGGGUCCUGCUUAGUCCAGAUAUGCAAGCUAGGUUGCCUUCUGGGGAGGUAGUAAGUAUAGCCCAGCUGGCUUCUCUGGCAGGUCGGCCUGUGUCGUCGUGUCAAGGAAGCAAACCCGUCACCUUCCAGCUUCAGGGCAACAAGCUGACUCUGUCUGGGGCACAGAUCCACCAAGUUCCAGCAGCUUCCUCACGCCCAGUUCAAGGUAAUGUGAUAAACCUGGUCCCUGGUGGCGUGCAGCAUCACCUCAUCAGCCAAGCUGCACAGGUGGCUGUCCAGAGUACAGUCAGCACACACCCUGCAAACAACCCCUCUGCUGCCCCCCCUGCUAAUCGCCUGCCACACAACACCACCUCUCAAGUGUCCUCAACAAUGGUGAGCAGCCCUGGGGUCGUGAAGAUCGUUGUGCGUCAGUCAACAGGCAAGGAGGGCGGGCCUGUGCCCACCCUGGCUGUGGCCCCUUCCCCUCGUGUUGCUCCCCAGGCAUCCCCUUCCCUGCACACACACGCCAACACGACCCCCAUCAGGAACACCGCUCCACUGCAAAUUGCCCAGCGCACCCCUGGUCCUGCUACCGCCCACUACACCAUAGCUCCUCCCAGAAACCCUAGCUCAGCCCUGAACCAGCCCCAACCCCCUCGACCUGUCCUCAAAGUAGUGCAGCCUCCUCCUCCAUCGAGCACAGAACAGCCAGCUCCAGCUCAGGUGAGCACCUCUUCUUCUGCUCCAAAGACCUCAGCAACACUGCGGGAAAGUAGCAGCAGCAGUCAGACAGCAGUUAGCACUAAGUCAAAGUCCAAAGCCUUCCCUCCACCCAGGAAGGUGCCUCGUCCCGCUCCUCGCUCGCCUUUCUACAUGUCGUGGCUUGCAGACUCUGAGAAACAGCAGCACGACAGCCGGCUGGACUUCAUCUUUCGAGUCAAUGAGCUCCACUGUGGAGCAAAGCCCAUGUACGGUCAGGAGGUUCUGGACUUCCUGACUUUCCUGCCCGGUCAUCGUCCAUCACCUGCUGCCCUGAACCCUCAGGGGGAGUGGGGCCGCUCUGGCCAGAGCAGCUGUCUGUAUGCACAGCAGCAAAACAAGCACGACUACUGGUUUCACAGUCACGCUGUAAGAGAGGCCAUCCACAGCAUCGAAGGACGGCUGGAGCUGCUGAGUGACAUCAUAGACCGGUACACAUUUGCAAUUCCUCCAGUGGAGGCUCCACCCAUCUCCAUGCACUGCUGCCAUCCUCCGCCAUCUCUGAACCACAAGCAGGCAGUCUUCUCCUCCAUGUUAUCAGCUGAAGUCACGCCGCUCACUCGCAGCCUCCACCGCGUCCAGUCCUAUAUGAGGACGCAGUUCCCUGACCUGAGGCUCAUACAGUACGACUGUGGUAAGCUUCAGACUCUCCACACUUUGCUGCGAAAGCUGAAGGCGGGAGGCCACAGGGUGCUGAUCUUCACUCAGAUGACUCGAAUGCUGGAUGUGCUGGAGCAGUUCCUCAACUACCAUGGACACAUCUACCUCCGUCUGGACGGCAGCACCCGGGUGGAGCAGAGACAGGCGCUCAUGGAGCGCUUCAAUGCAGAUCGACGCAUCUUCUGCUUCAUUUUGUCAACUCGCAGCGGCGGCGUCGGGGUCAAUCUGACCGGGGCCGACACUGUGGUGUUCUACGACAGUGACUGGAACCCCACCAUGGAUGCUCAGGCUCAGGACCGAUGCCACCGAAUCGGCCAGACCCGCGACGUCCACAUCUACAGGUUGAUCAGUGAGCGCACGGUGGAGGAGAACAUUUUGAAGAAGGCAAACCAGAAGAGGAUGCUGGGAGAUAUGGCUAUCGAAGGAGGAAACUUCACCACAGCCUUCUUUAAACAGCAAACCAUCAGAGAGCUGUUUGAUGUGAAUGAGGGGGAGAAGAGGGAGGCGGCGGUGGAGCUGUCGGUGCCCCAGGCUGAGGAGGAGGAAGCCGUCAACAAGCAGAGCACCACCAUCCUGGAGCAGGCGCUGUGUCGUGCUGAGGAUGAGGAGGACAUAGUGGCAGCCUCUCAGGCCAAAGCAGAGCAGGUGGCCGAACUGGCGGAGUUCAACGAAAACAUACCGCUGGAUGACGGCGGGGAGCAGGAGGAAGUGGAGGAGCUCUCUAAAGCGGAGCAGGAAAUAGCCGCACUGGUGGAGCAGCUCACUCCCAUUGAACGCUACGCCAUGAACUUCCUGGAAGCUUCGUUAGAAGAUGUGUGCAAAGAGGAGUUGAAGCAGGCUGAGGAACAGGUGGAGGCUGCCAGGAAGGGUCUGGACCAGGCCAAGGAGGAGGGCCUGAAGCUCCACACGUCAUCUGAUGAUGACGAGGAUGACUUUUUGUCAACACCAACUUCUGUCGAACCCGCCCAUCCAGCUCCAGCCCGCCGUGGUCGUAAACCCAAGGACAAGACCGCCACCUCUACGAGGACUAGCGGCCGACUCCGUGGGGCUUCGCCUGAAACUGAGCCUGAGCCCACGACUCCCAGAGAAGUGCCUGAAAGAUCCCGCUCAGGUCUGAGAGGACGAGGAGCUGCCAAAGACACAGGUUCUGUGUCUACGACCCCAUACCGCACAGACCACCACAGAACUUCAUCAUCCACCCGGGUUCAAGAUUCCUCCAAAUGUUCGAAAGCGUCAUCUCCCGCCAGAGAUCACCAGAGCGCCAAAACCAGGACUCAACCAAACCGCUCCCAUCCCAGCCCAGUGCCUUCCCCUCCUACAGCCUCGCCCCCUGGUGGGAAACAGCAGUGUGCUGGGGAGACGGACAGUAAAAUCUCCAAAACGGGGAGGGAGGAGAAGGAGGUGGAGAAUGAGAGGAGGGCGUCUGAGUCAUCGCUGGAGUCCAGCUGUCCGGCGGAUCAUCAGACUAAGGACGAUGACAGUAAAGACUGCGCCAUGUCUCCUCCCUCCACCAGCUCACGGUCGCCUCGCAAGCGGCAGUCAGCGGACGGUGAAGUGCUGCGGGGACUGGUUGAAGAUUCACCAUCAGCCAAAGUUCUGCGGAAGCUCCCGGGCCGGCUGGUCACAGUGGUGGAAGAGAAGGAGCCACGAAAGAGGCGGCGGCGAGGAAGUGGGACAGGAGGUGGUUGCUCUUCAGAAGAGGCAACGGCGGAGGACAGCGGUGCUGGAUUUGUUGACGAGCCAAACAAAGAGGACGCAUCACCGAGCCCAGACAGCAAAACUAAAGAGACUGUUACCAAAUCCCCUCUGGACCAAGACGCUACCCCAAGUCCGCCUGUGCACCCUCAGCCUGUCAGAGGCUAUCCUCCAUAUUCCCCUCCUCAUCUGUCUCCUGACAUGCCAGUGCUGAGGAAUCUUCCUGUGCGGCGCAGAUUGGAAACAGAAUCUCGUAUGGCUGCUCAGAUGGGAGAGCAGCAUCUGGGGAGAGGACGGGGAGUGAACCAGUCCAGGAAAACAGACAUGCCACCAGGCAGAGACGCUGCUUCCGCCUCUGCUGCGGAGUCCAGCGUGAACUCUCUCAUGCCACCUUUGAAAAGAAAGAGGGGCCGGCCCCCUAAGACUCCCACAAGACUACCUGAACUUGACAACACAUCGACCACAUCCCCACAUCCCAUCUCGGCAAUUGAGGAAGGAAACCCGCCACUGUCCCCUAAACGUAAGAGGGGUCGUCCCCGAAAGGACUCGACGACCACGCUAGAGACCGUUAAUGAGAGCCAGAACUCUGAUCUAUCAAAAACUGAUUCCAGGACAGAACUGACGAUCUCAGAGACCCCGCCUCCUGCUGCUAUUUUUGAAAUGACUCAGUCUUCACAGUCAACCAAAGCUGAUCAGACAGACACUAAAACUGAGGCUUUGGCCCCGCCUCCAAAUCCAGCCUCUUCAACAAAGUCAGAUGAAAUUUCCACACCCGUCUCACUUCCCACUCCACCUGCACCCCAGGUGACCUCACCGAUCUCUGAGCCUGCCUCUCCCCAAGUGGUUGCUUCAGCUCCAGCUCCAUGUCCAGCCCCAGCACCAGUCCUCUCUUCUUCCACGUAUACCUCCACCCCCGUCAGCAACACAGCUUCGUCACCACCUGUCAGCGAUGUCUCACCUCCUCCUCCAGGUGUUAAACCAACACCUGUGGUUUCCACAGUUUCAGAGGCUGCUGUUCAACCAGCUGUGGAGGCAACCACCACCACAACCACACCAAUUACACACUCCACUCCACCCACUACGUCAUCUUCCAAAGCUGUUAAAGACCCCACCCCAACACUCACAACAGCUGCUACCACAGUGUCUGUAACAGUUAGUAUUACACCACAAGUCACCACUGCAGUGACAUCACCUCCAACUGCUUCUCUUGUGAAGGACUUGCCACAAGCCUCUCUAGCCUCCACCCCCUCCAGUCAUCCUGUAUCUAGUCUGGAUACAGCUUCGCCCAAGCAGACCUCUCAAGCUACAGCUUCACCCAAGCAGGCCCCUCCAACUACAGCUUCCCCCAAACAGACCUCCCCAGCUCCAUCUUUACCCAAGCAGAGCCUUCAAGCUACAGCUUCCCCCAAGCAGACCUCUCCAGCUACAGCUUUGCCUAAACAGGCCCCUGUAGCUACACCUUCCCCCAAGCAGACCUCCCCAGCUCCACCUUCGUCCAAGCAGACCUCCCCAGCUCCACCUUCGCCCAAGCAGACCUCCCCAGCUCCACCUUCGCCCAAGCAGACCUCCCCAGCUCCACCUUCGCCCAAGCAGACCUCCCCAGCUCCACCUUCGCCCAAGCAGACCUCCCCAGCUCCACCUUCGCCCAAGCAGACCUCCCCAGCUACAGCUACAACUGUGACAGCUCCAGUAAAAACAGCACAAACCAGUAUGUUAGACUCAAUCCAGAACGUGUCUGACAAGACUUCUACAUCACCACCAGUCAAAACAGUGGCACCAUCUUCUGGUAAUACAGCUCCACCUUCCCCUCCAGCCAAAGCGAAGACAAUUGAGACUGCUAACAAAAGCCCGACCGAACAAGCAUCACCAACUGCAGAGGUUCAGGAACAUGUAGAGCCCGAAAAGCCUUCAGCAUCAAGUCCAGUCUGCACACCUCCUCCAACUACACCAUCCACAAGUGCUGCUACACCUGCAGAGGCAAAGAAGGCUUCAGCAGCUUCAUCAACCCCAGCAGAAGGAGUAACAACACCUUCAACUGCAGCACCCUCCGAAGUCCUCACUUCUUCUUCUUCUGCUCCUCCCAAAACUGCAGAAAAGACUGACAAGACAACACCUCCGGUAACAGCUACAACACCAGCAUCACUGUCUGUCACCAUAGCUACACCAUCACCAGAAAAGUCUACUUCCCUAGGGUCAACAACCACAACCAUCACCCCUGCGUCAGUAGCUACAGUCACAGCAUCCACAACCAAAACAGCUCCACCCGUGUCCACUACACAAACCUCUGCAGUCACUUCCUCUCAGCUACAAACUUCUUCAUCCACAAGAGUUCCUGCACCAUCUCAGACCGAGGAAGCCACACCUGCUCCCAUAUCCGCUCCCUCAUCCACUACCCUCGUUGCACCAUCUUUAGAGCCAUCAACAGAGAAAGAGUCAGCUUCUAAAAGCGACCAAGAAGAGGUGACAGAAAUGGAAACGGAUCCUGUGGAGGCUGAAGCUGCGAUGAGUAAGGAAGACGACGACAAAAAGUCAGACAUUAGCCAGUCUCAGCCUAAAAGAAGAAAGGUGGAGAGUUCCUCUGAGACCAAAGAGUCAGGAAGUCCCCAAGGAGUGGGACGAGAAACAAAAGCCACAACCCCCACUCCGAAAGAUGAAGCUAACCCUCGGGAAGAAGAGAAAACUACUGAGGAUCAGAAACCUGCCAAACAGAAAAGGUCACUUAGUCGCCAGAGUAGCCAGGAGUCUGCUCGCUCUUCUUCGCCAUCGUCUGGGUGCUCUACCUCCACCCUCACCCGCCAUGCUCACCACAAGAGGACCUACGAGAACCGACAUCCUACCAAGAAGAGGCGAGUGGAUCCUACAUCAGAGGCAGGGAAGGAGGACAAGGAGGAACAAGGCGAGGAGGAGGAGAAGAUAGAAGGGGGUAGUGAGACAGAUCUUCCCACCACUGCCUCUCGAAGGAGGCGCUCCAGAUCUCCUUCCUCUUCCUCCUCCGACUCUGACAGCGGCGACAGCAGGAAGGAGCACCGACUCACUCGCUCAGCAAAACGCAGGCUCCAAGAUCAGGAGAAGGAAAAGUGCACCAAGGACAGAAAGGGAGCCAAACCAGCACGCAGCUCAGACAGAAACCCGUCAAACAAUGCCAACGCGUCCACGGGAGGAGAGUCGGGCAGCGAUACUUCCUCUGUUAGGAUCACCAGGAAGUCUGCGGGAUCACAGCCGCCACAGGACACUAAAACGCUGUCCAACAGCACGUCCUCGCUGCCUCCUGAGCCAGAGGUUCUAGGGAAAAGGUGCUCAGCACUCAAUGCAGCAGCCAAGCUUUUAGCUAUGAAAGGCAGGGUGGACACCCCGGGCCACACCCCUCGGAAAGACUCCACCCCUAAAGCUUCUGCGACUUCCACCACUGCCCCUUCGGACAAAAACCAAAAGCCUAAAAGUAAAAGUGUGCCAGCCUCUCCUCAGAGCAACUCUGUGACCAACAACAAAAGCAGCAAACCUUCAACACCCAAUCAGCCGAGCCGAUCUACAUCACGCUCCACCAGACAGUGCCCUGGCUCUCUGGUUCCACCCUUAGAGGUGGAGUAUAAGAGGCCUAAACCAGAGGAGAAAGAGAGAGGGAGCAGGAAGUCCUCGAGGAGCAAGGAAGGCGAGGGAGAGACGCGAUCGUCGUCACGGGGCCACAGCGCCUGCAGCAGCAUGAGCAGCGACGGCGAGGGCGACUGCGGCGGACGCAGCAGCAGAAGCCGCAGCAGCAGCAACAGCAGCCAGCGCACCCUCAGCUCCCAGAACACGGAGCACCGAGGUUCCCGCUCCCGUGCCACUUCCUCCGGCAGCGAACGGGAGAGGGAACGCAGCCCUGAGCGAGCAAAGAGCCGUGACAAAAAGGAGAAGCAACAGCGAGAGAGUCGCAAGGAUGGCAGGAGGUCCCAGAAGCUCUCGCAGGAUGUGACCAGCAGCUCGGGAACCGAGGGGUCAACGCCGGACAGGGUGCUACGGAGUGUUGCUGCACUCGCUGCGGUGCAGGCCCGGUCACCGGCUGCAAGCACCCGCUCCUCCUCGAGCCAACAGCGUCACAAUAAGACAUGAUUGGAGUGCCAAAGGGGGGAAUUAAAAACAAAAACAAAAAACAGAAGCGAGGGCGUGGCAGAGCGUGAUACGAGAGCAUGGCGUGAUCUCCAAGGUUGCUGCUUUGUCUGCACUCUGAGGAAAAACAAGAGCAAACUGAGUGCUGCACAAGCCAGGGACCUCCCCGCCUCUCGGGCCCUCUCCCUUUCUAGUCGGGGCGCGCCAGCUCUGCUUUUCAGCACUGGGGGAAGGCUCAGGGACGCUGGACUGACGGUAAACAGGUGGCGCCAGUGUCGAGCGUCCAGAUAUGUGGACAUGUCGUGGAUAAAACUCGCCACUUGGACUCAGAGGGGGUGGGGCGUGGGUGGGACAAAAGGUGCAAGUUGUUAGUUCACAUUAUGUACUGUAAUCAUUAAAAGACUGGAACACUCAGAUGCUCUGUUAAGACGGGGUUAAACGGCGCCCUCUGCUGGGGUUACACAUGAAAAGUAAUUUGUGUGACAUUUAAAAGUCUCGAGUGAGCGGUUGUAUUGUAAGUUGAAGGUUUUAGAAAGUUUGGUUUUGAGAUUUUCUGUCCUGACUAUUGUUUCUCUGUAGUCAGUUGAUAAGUUAUGCAUAUUUUAUUAUUUCUUCCAGGUUAUUAGGAAGAGAACAGAUCUGUCAAUGUGAUCUUUGCUGCACUAUGCUGGAGCUCGUCUUUUUGCUUGGCCCCUCCUCUCCCCCUCUUUGUUUAUUUUUUAUUUUUUUUCCAUGUCACUUUCUGUUCAUCGGAUUCGAAAAUCCAGCCUUGCAUUUCUCUUUUGCACAUCUUUAAUAACGUGGCCCUCGGCUUUUUUUCAGUACACUGUGGUGUUGUGAUGCGUUUGUUCAACAACUGAAGUCGAUUAAUUGGUUCCUGGUACCUGACGAUGUUUGUCACACCACAAAAUCCAGCUUUCACUCCCCCAAAACGUCCUAAAGGCAGUUUAAAAAAUUACUUGUCACAAAAAGCCAAGUAAAUGUCGAGAACUGAAUUUAAGAGGGCCUCUGUGGCCAAAUGGUUUUGAACCUCAGAUUGCCUUGUGAAGCACCUGAAGCAGGGGUGUUAAAUUUCUCUUAUUCAGUUAUUAAAAAACAAAUUAAUCCAAAAAAUGAUGUGGGGAAAAAUCCAACCCUUACAUGAAACAUGAAAGGAAAAACACCCUGAGCAUCAGUGCUACCGAAUUAAUGUUUUAUUUUUCUGAACUUUUUUUUUUUCUUGUCUCUCUCACAUCAUCGAUUUUGGUUCAUGUUUAAAAAAAAAAAAAAAAAAAAGAAAAGAAAAAAAGUAUACUUGGACAAAAUAAAAAAAAAAAGUGAAUAAAAUUACUGGUACAGUUUGAGAUGACUGUAAAUUGUCGAAUUACUUUUGAACAAAGGUGAUAUCUGGUGUGGGGGGGCGGGGGGGUAGUUUAUGGUGAUGGUCUUACUUUGAUUUCUGUCUCUUUUUGUUGCAUUCCUUUGAUCCUUGUAAUUCCACAUUGUUUUACUUGAAAAUUAUGGCAAUUACAGUUGAAUAAAAAGACCAAAAGUUAGUU